AUGCUCCCCCUCCCCUUUGGCUUCAGUUCCAUGGAAGCGGAGGGGCUGAACCUGGCGUCGAUCGGCGUGCUGAUCCCCGGCCUCCCCAACGACGUCGCCGCCGCCAUCCUCGCCUCCCUCCCCGUCUCCCACCACGCGCGGCUCCGCGCCACCUCCCGCGCCUGGCGAGCGAUCCUCUCCACUCCGCCGCCGCUGCUCGCCUCGCGGCGGCUCCGCCGCCCCUACCACCUCCUCUGCAUCUUCCCGCAGGACCCCUCCCUCGUCCCUCCCUACCUCUUCGACCCCUCCACUCUCGCAUGGCUCCCUCUUCCCACCAUCCCUUGCAAUCCUCACUCCUACGGGCUGUCCAACUUCGUCCCCCUCUCCGUCGGUCCCCAUCUGUACGUCCUCGGGGGUUCCCACUUCGACGCAAGAGCUUACCCCGUCGACCGCCCCGUGCCCUCCGCCGCCGUCCACCGCCUCGAUCUCGCCAGAUCCCAUCUCUACUGGUGCCGCCUCCCCGAUAUGCUGUGGCCCCGCGGCAGCUUCGCCUGCGCCGGUGUCCGCGGCGAUGGAAGGGGAAUUGGGGAACAGAUCAUCGUCGCCGGCGGCGGAUCCCGGCACACCAUGUUCCCCAGCGACGGCAGCAGGGUGAACACUGUGGAGAGGUACGAUGCCGGAAGUGGGGAGUGGAAGGCGGAGGCCCCCAUGCCCCGCCACCGGGCAGGGUGCGUCGGGUGGGUUUGCAGAGGAAGGGAGGGGGAGGAGGAGGAGUUCUGGGUGAUGGGAGGCUACGGAGAUUACCGCACUCUCGGUGGGGUUUUCCGGGCGGAUGUCUACUGCAGGGAUGUGGUGGUGAUGGGGCUGAGGAGCGGGAAAUGGAGGGAGAUUGGGGAGAUGUGGCAAGAAGGAGAGCGGAGGAAGCUGGGACCAGUGGUCGUCGUGGAAGGAGAGAAUGGAGCUGUGUCCGCGGUGUUCAUGCUCGACCAUAAUGACAUCUUCAGGUGUGUACUGCUCAUUCUUGCUCUUUCUUUAAGAUCAGAAAUAUUUCACGCCAUCAAGGUUAAAAUUUCUUGCCCCAGCUUAUCUGUCGGUAUGAUUGCCUAGUAAGUAAAUUCUAACGAAACAUGAUUGCCCUUCUGUUCAUCUGAAUAUCAUUUUUUCCACAUCUGUCUCGAAUUUGAUCCAUGGCUAAAGGUAAAUGGAAUGUUCCUGGUAAAUGCUUGAGUGGAACAAUGCUUGCUUGUGACCAGGACUACUGGGGACAGUAUUAUGUUCCUGGUCUAGAGUUCGAUGACUGAUUUCUGUGUGUUCAGCUCGCCAGCUGGACAUAUAACUAACACUCUUUCUAAUGACGUAGACACCAUAAUGUCAACAUCUUCAGUCCUACUCACGACACUCCCUCGUGUUUGCCCUUGGUUCUUUAUCUCAAUCCUGGGUAAUGCAAGUUAACACUAACGCCAGUGUCUAAUAAGGGUGCUCUGAAGCUUCCAUGUGAAGGGUUUACCAGGCAUGGUUUGAGUCUGUUCAUCAUAAUGUUCUCAUUUAUAUAAUAAAAUGCCUAAAUAUAUAUCUCAUCAAUAAAAAAAAUCCCUCUAUUUCUCAUUUUUUGCUGGAGUGCCGGCCUGUCCAGGCUUGGCAGCAAGUUCUAUCAACCCAAUUCACAUCCUUCAUCGACCAUAGUCUGGGUGCUGAAUAGUAGCCUCAUUCUUUUGGUCUUCUAUAUCCUUCUCCAUUUACGUUCCAUCAAUUGAGCUUGCAUAACUAAGCAUAACCAAUGGCAGCCAGACCCUGCCGUUCACCAUUUACCAAAGAUGCGAAUGUUGAAGAAGGUUCCUCCUUCGGUCUCCUUUGACAGACCAUUGACUCACCUGGCAUCAGUACCAGUGCCCAUAGGAUUCCUCUGUAGCCUCAUUCGGAGGAAUGGUUGCCUUUACAUGGCGUCUAGAAUGUGUAUUCAUGCACCACAAAUUCAAGGGAAAUAAUGUUCUCAAAGCUUGAAAUGAAUCUGACUUGCUUCUUGCUCACCUUGGUCCAUCAUUGAUAUUGAAUAGUGAUAGCGGUUGUCCUUUUUCUAAUAUUCUUCACCUUCCAUCCACUGAAAAAUGUUUUCUAUGUUCAGAUAUUUACCAUUUUUUUAAUUUCCACCCUAAUAUAAGCCACUGACCAUUUUUACUCCGUAGGCAAACUGUAAACGCUCUGUCAAAGGUGCUUUCUCUAUAAUUGCAUCAUUUCUAGUGCCAUUCACUGUUUUCCCCUCCCAUUGUGUGCUAUUAGUUCUCAGUAAUCUCGCCUGUCGAUAACUAUUUAAGGAACCCUGCCUUCUUUGUGCAUGCCUUCGUCCAUUGGCUUUAAUCCUCUACAAUUGCUUUUCUAAGGUGUAUAAUGCUCUGUGUCUUCUUCUUCUUCUUCUUCUUCUAUUUGUUUAUAAAGCCGUCUUCGUAGACAAUUCCUCAAAGUAUCCUUUGCUCUCCCCAAAACAUUAGAAAUCUCAUACUUUGUUGAUCUCUAGUUUUCUACAAUUUUUUUUGUCCAAUGUCUGAUUAAGAAGAUGCUGAUUAUUGCAAAAUUUAUUUAUUUCGGUAUUAGAUUGGCUGGGAAUUCCUCACCAGUUUGCAUGUGCCAAUCUGCUUGUUACCACACGCAGAGAAAAUGGCAAGGCUAAGUGAAGAAUCUUGCACAUCUUUGACUCUCGAUUGUCAUCGUUUGCUCUGGAAACUUUUGUGAAAUUUUCAUUUAUUAGUGCAUUAGAAGGCAUAUCUUGCAUCAAUACAAAAAGCUAUGACGAUGCUUAUUUCUUCUUUUUCUAUCUACUCAUUUUUUUUUUUUAAAAUCUCUAGUUUUUUGUUCUAAGCAUACUUUACGAGAAAAAUUCCUUCAUCGGGACGGUGUGCUGAUGGCAGAUAUAAUGCGGACUGCAACCGAUGGGUGAAAGAGUCAACGCUGAGGAGGAGGAUUCCCGUUGGGGAAUCAUGCGGUUUUGUUGCCAUGGGGGGAGAGUUGCAUGUGUUGACUCCGACAAAGCCAUCUUUUGACCUGGUGGAGUUUCGAAGGCUGCCCAAGAAGAAGGCCACUCUGGAGAUUCAGGUCUACAAUCCUGUGGAUAGAAAAUGGAGGCUUCUGACAACCUCGACACCCUUCUACUCUGCUAUAAAUUUCAACAUUGCUGCCUCAUGCACCAUCAAGCUAUAA